UAGGAGUAUCAAACAAAAGCUCCCCAAAAAACCGUUGACUUGCUGUAGCAAUAAUAAUUAUCAAGAACAAGAAGAGAGAUGGCUGUUGGUGAAAUAGUGUUGAAUUCCGGCUAUAAGAUGCCGGCGCUGGGAUUCGGCACCGGCUCGCCUCCAUCUCCGCCGGCACACGAGCUCACCGCCAUCAUCGUCGACGGCAUCGCGGCCGGAUACCGCCACAUCGACACCGCCGCCAUGUACGGCACGGAGGCGGCCGUCGGCGCAGCGGUGGCGGAGGCGGUGGAGCGCGGCCUCAUCAAGAGCCGCCGUGAAGUCUUUGUUACGUCCAAGCUUAAUGUGUUCGACACUCAUCCAGAUCUUGUGCUUCCUGCCCUCAAACAAACUCUUAGUGAUCUAAAGUUAGACUACGUGGAUCUCUACCUUAUACACUGGCCAUUAAGAAUCAAGAAAGGUGCCAACGUGUCUAAUCUAAAAGGAGAAGACUUGCUUCAUUUUAAUGUUAAAGAGGUUUGGGAGGCCAUGGAAGAGUGUUGUAAGUUGGGAUUAGCCAAGUCUAUUGGCGUCAGCAACUUCAGCUCUGUUAAACUCUCUAACCUCUUGGAAUUCGCCACCAUUCCGCCCGCGGUCGACCAGGUGGAGAUGAAUGUAGCAUGGCAGCAACAAAAGUUGGUGAAGUUGUGCAAGGAUAAGAACAUUCAUGUCGCGGCUUGGUCUCCUCUCGGAGCAAACGGUGCGUUCUGGGGCACCCUCGCGGUUAUGGAAAGUCCUGUUCUCAAAGAAAUUGCAGCUUCGAGAAACAAGACUGUGCCACAGGUGGCAUUGAGAUGGAUAGUUGAACAAGGUGUAACUCCAAUAGUGAAGAGCUACAACAAGGAGCGGAUGAGGGCAAAUCUUGAAAUUUUCAACUGGGAACUAAGUGAUGAAGAUAUCUGCAAGAUUCAAACGAUUCCUCAAGCAAGAGCAUUGAAAGGAGAUAGAUUUAUUAUUCAAGGUCAUGGGGAUUACAACAGUGUUGAAGAAUUCUGGGACGGAGAACUUUAAUGAAACAUCGAUCUUCUGUAACCCAUUCGAGCAAUUCGAUUUUCUUUGUUGUGCACUGAAACUCUUUUAGCUCAAAUUCAGCUUUGGUUGCCUAUACACACUCUCUUUUCUGCCA